AUGAAGCCUAAGAUAUUAUCGUGGAAUGUGAGGUGGCUGAAUGAUUGCAAUAAACGACUUCGUAUAAGAUCUUUAUUGCAGUCAUGGAAAAUGGAUGUUGUGUGUUUUCAAGAAACUAAGUUGAGGGUAAUGGAUAGAAGAAUAAUUCGUAGCUUGUGGGGGUUUUCAUACGUCGGGUGGUCCUACUUGGCAUCGCUAGGUGCUUCUGGGGAGGUUCUUUUAAUGUGGGACAAAAGAGUGGUGAAGUCGGUUGAGGAAUGUGUUGGAAAUUUUUCGAUUGCUUGUUGCUUUAAAAAUACAAUUGAUGGAUGGGAAUGGGCCUUUGCGGAUACUUAUGGUCCAAAUUUGGAUAGUGAGAGGAGGCGACUAGGGGAGGAGUUGGCAGAUUUUAUUUAUUUAUGGGAGGUGUCGUGGUGCAUAGGGGAAGAUUUUAAUAUUCGCUUCCCCAGCGAGCCAUCGGGGACUCAUCACCACUCAACAGCCAUGGAGGAGUUCUCGGAGUUUGUAUUUGAUUUAGAUCUUAUGGACCUCCCUCUCCUCGGGGGUGAGUUCACAUGGUCUAAUGGUCGGGGAUGGUCAAGAUUAGAUCGGUUCCUUGUCUCCCCGUCAUGGGAGGUGUAUUUUCGUGAACUUUCUCAGAAAAUGUUGCCCCAUGUGUGUUCCGACCAUUUCCCUAUUGUGUUAGAUUGUGGAUGUAUUAUUGGUAGACGCAGACCUUUCAAGUUUGAAAAUAUGUGGUUAGCGGUGGAGGGUUUUGUAGAUAAGGUAUGUUCAUGGCAGUCCUCUUAUAUGUUUACAGGCAAUCCCAGUUUCAUCCUAGCCUGCAAGCUCAAAGCUUUGAAACAAGAUCUCAAGAAGUGGAAUUUGGAAGUGUUUGGUAGCAUUGAUAAUCAAAAGAAUACCCUUAUGGAGGAAUUACAAGAUUUUGAGGCUAGGAAACUAACAGGAGACCUCUCGGAGGAGGCCCUUGCUAGGAAAAGGGUGGUUGUAAGUGAGCUGGAGAAGGUGUUAUUAAUGGAAGAGAUUUCGUGGCGAUAA